AUUUCUCUUCUUAUUUUCUUUACAUCGUAACUUAGUUUAAAGACUCUCAAGAUGGAAAUAAUGAGAUUUUAUAUUUGUCUAAUUGUGUUAAUUCUUGUUAAAUUAAUAAGCUCUACAAAAGCGCAGUCUCUGCGGCUAAGAAUAAACCAAGAAAAAACUGUAGGGAAACUGGUAAAGUUUUUAGGAAGACUACGUGCGGAAGAAAAGAUACCUUUAACUAAUUUCAAGACAGUCCCUGGAUCAUUUAAACCAUUACCUUUUCCAGUAAACUUUAGUACCUAUGAUCUGAAUGGAGAUGCAACCAUUGAAAUAAUCGAACUUGUACGCGUGACGGGUACGGCAGAGAACGUGCAUAUGGCAUUUAGCGCUUCUGAUUUCAAUGGAGAUGGGUUUGUAACUGAAGAAGAAUAUACACGAAAACCGUGGGGGUAUGAUCCAGAAGAUGUCAUUCUCAGUGACGACAUAGAAAAUUAUCUUGAGAACUAAGCAUCAGAGAAAAAGUAGAACACGCAAUAUGCACACAUACGCACGCACUCACUGUAAAGGUUAAAGUGCAACAUUUUAGUUUUACUGAUUGAAACAUCAUGUGCCCGUCCGCGUGUUUUUUCGUGGGGAGGGGGUGGGUAGGCGGGUAUCAAAGUAGAUUAACCGACCUACCUUCGUCACGUGAAUAGAUUCUUCGUCAUGUAAAAUCAUCAAUAGUUUAAGUAAUAGAAAGAGCAUCGAUUUGUAGACCUCGAGUAUUAAUCGAGUGUUUUGAUGGUCUUUCUCUUUUAUAUUAUAGACAAAAUAUUAAACCCCAGGAAAAGUAACAAAUGCACGAGUAUCUGAAUAUGACUUUUCUAUCGUUAUCACUUUCCCUGUGACGUCGCAAUAAGUAAACCCGGGCAGCCAGUCAACGACUAUGCUUUAUUUUUAUCGCAAAUCUGACACAUUUUCUGCAGAAAAGUCUCCAAACUAUGAUUCAAUAUAUUUACUAAUCAUCUGUAAAAAACAUUUUUAUGUCUUCGUUAAAAGUUCCUUAAUUUACCACUGAUUUAUUUUACUGGCAAAAAGGGGUCAUUGUUUUGCUAAAUAAUUAUUAUCUAAAGCCAUAAAUACGGGAUAUUAGACACCAGGGAGCAAUUUUUGUCAAUAAAAUAUUAAAUUUA